UGGGAGGAUAUAUUGUCCACAGUCACACACACACACACACAGGUGAGUCAGUGAUUAGACAGUUCAUUGGCUGGAGCCUCAGACAGGACCAGGUCCCCGGACAGCUGCGGAAUCGGGACCAUGGAGAGCGUCCCUCCUCCACAGGGUGAUGACAUGAGAGCAGUGAUGCUCUGAUUACUCCACAACAGUUAACAUCUACAGGUCCGUUUUCCAGCAUGGAGUACAGACACGAUGUGAGUUUGGAGGAAGUGUGUCCGGUCUGUGGAGAUAAAGUCUCAGGGUACCACUACGGUCUGCUCACCUGUGAAAGCUGCAAGGGGUUUUUUAAAAGAACGGUUCAAAACAACAAGAAGUACAUCUGCGCCGAGAGCCAGGAGUGCAGGAUUGAUAAAACUCAGAGGAAACGGUGUCCAUUCUGCAGAUUUCAAAAGUGUCUUUAUGUUGGCAUGCGGCUGGAAGCUGUUCGUGCCGAUCGAAUGCGAGGAGGCAGAAACAAGUUUGGCCCCAUGUACAAGCGUGAUCGUGCCCUAAAGCAGCAGAGAAAGGCUUUGAUUCAAGCUAGCGGAUUCAGAAUAGAGAGCACCUCAUCACUGGUUUCUUCAACCCACCAGAGAGAUGCAACCUUUACUGGAGGCCUCCACCAAGUUCCCAUCCUUCACAGCACUCCACUACCCACGCCACAGAAUGAUCCUAUCAGCUACUCUCCUCAACCAGCGUGUUCACUCCUGACGUCCAGCUCACCUGGUGCCACCCAGUACCAGUGCACCUCCUUCUUAAACUGGGACAUCAAGUCAGAGCACAUCAGCAACUGUGCAAGUUCACCAGGCGCUGCUGCAGGAAUCAGCACAGACAAGCUAUUCUCAAGGUGUUUCUCUCCACAAGGUCCCAGGAUGCCUCACCUGGUGAUGGAGUUUCUGCGCUGCGAUCCAGAUGAGCGACAGCUGCAGAAUAAGAUCACUGCUCAUCUCCAACAGAUGGGAUGGGAGAAAGAGGGGAACCCUGGUACCUUCAGCCUGAUGUGCCUCAUGGCUGACCAGACACUGUUCUCCAUUGUAGAGUGGGCUCGCACAUCCAUAUUCUUCAAACAACUCAAGGUGAACGACCAGAUGAAGCUGCUGCACAGCUGCUGGAGUGAUCUGCUGCUGCUGGACAUCAUCACCAGACAGGUUCUGUAUGGAAAAGAGGGCAGUCUGCUCCUGGUCACUGGGCAGGAGAUAAAACUGACAGACAUAGCCUCUCAUGCUGGUCCUACUUUGGCCAGCCUUGUCCAAAGAGGACAGGAGCUGGUUGAGAAGCUCCACAUCCUAAAGGUGGACCGCCAAGAGUUUGCAUGCAUCAAGUUUCUCAUCCUCUUUAACCCAGGUGGGAAACAGCUUGAAGACCAUCAUUACAUAGAGAGUGUGCAGGAGCAGGUUGAAGGAGCCCUGCUUGAGUACACACUGUGCAUCUCUUCUCACCUUCUUGGACGCUUUGCUCAUCUGCUGCUGUUUUUGUCUGAGCUGCGCUCUCUCAGUUCCCUCGCUGAAGACUACCUUUACUGCAAACACCUGAGCAAUGAGGUGCCCUGCAACAACCUGCUCAUUGAGAUGCUCCACGCCAAGCACGGGUGGCCAUGAAGACUCAGAAUCUCUGAUGUUAGCAUAUGGAAUCAUUAAGCCGUAAUGAAUAUUUAAUAGAGUGAGAUUAUCCCUGAUAUUUUGCCUUUUUUUCUGAAUUUUGUCUAUAAUACGUAUGUACCAAAACAUUAUUAGAAAUGGGAAAUUGUGUUUUCAACGCUGAAGCUAUAUUCUACCUAAAGGAGGACUCUGACUAUGUUAGUCAGCCACCAAAUCCAGAAUCAAAUAAUAAGACUGAUAACAAUUGAAACUUUAUGCAUCUCGCACAGAGACAGGUGUGAAAUGUGUUCCAUCUAGUGUAGUACAAAGACUGGAAAUUAGGAGAAACUGCAAUCCUCCAACAUACAAAAACAACCAAAACCAUAAAUAAGUGGACUGUAUUUAUAUGGUGCUUUUUGGGUCUGACUGACCCAGUCAAAGGGUUUCGCAAAACACAAGCCAGCAUUCACUCAUUCAUGCACAUAUUCAUGCAGAGGAUACCAUGCAAUGUGCCACCUGCUCAUCAGGAGCGAUAACCAUUCAUGAACACUCACACACUGAUGGAGGAAGCUGUCGUGAGCAAUUUGGAUAUCAGUGUCUUGGGAAACACAAUGCACGACCGACCUUUCGAUUAGUGGACGACCGCUCUACGUCCCACUUCUGUAACAGUUUAAAAUUGUUGCAAAAUAUUAGCCUGCCAUUUAAAAGAAAUUAUUAGUCUGGUUAUAAAUAAUAAAAUAUGGUUAAGGUGCAGUAUGGUGUAUUUCUGUCCAACCAGCAGCAGAACUGGAUAUCUCAAAGUGCUGUGUAUGGAUGUCAUGAGGCCAUAUCUGUUGUUAUUAGAAUAUCUUAUCAGGGCAAACUUGUGUUGUUUAUGUGUUGCUUUCAAUCCAUUCAUCUCUGUGUCACUGGGUCACAUCUGCGGCUGGGACUGAGCAUUGCUAAAAUAUAUUGUUAUCAAAAGAUGCCUUAAAUACAAACUAAAAGAAAAGUUGUUCCUUUUAGAUACACACAUUCUGUGUUUUAUUUUGCUUUGUGUUGAGUAAAGCCUUUUUUAAGU